AUGGCUCCAUUCCCAUAUGAUGCAGGCAACGGCGAGGCCGAGGCCGAGGCCACGUUGGACUCACGACCUGCUCCCAAGAAUCUGUCUCACCACCUCAGCAGAGUGACAAGGGCUCGCCACGAGUCCUCCAUCAAGGCCUUCUACAAGUAUUUCCUCAUUCCCGGUGUUGGCCAGCUCGCAGGGGGAUUACCGAACAACUACUACUUCCCAUUCGACACCCUCGAGGCCAAGGUCGCGCGACCAGAUCGAUGGCAGCCCACACCCAAUCGUCCCGUCGAUCCUCCGCCACACGACGAAGCGCUGCCAGCCUUGUCCUUCAACAGUCCUCUUGACCAACCGCAAGACGCCAUCCUUGUGCCUCACACCUCCGACCAACCGAAUCCCAUCAAGAAGAUUGAUCUGUCGACAGCACUGCAGUAUGGCCAAGCACAAGGCUAUCCGCCAUUAUACUACUUCAUUCGAGAAUUUACACGGAAAGCCUUGCACCCGAACUGCCCCUACAAACAUGGUCCUGAAGUCCUUCUCACCUGUGGCAACACCGAUGGUUUUGGCAAAGUCUUGACUGCCUUAUCAAACGAAUGGAGCGAAGAGAAGGAUUGGAUAAGAGACCGGGAGGGUCUUCUCGUGGAAGGCUUCGCAUACAUGAACGCUGUGCAGGCCGCGCUGCCGAGAGGUCUUCAUGUCACGCCCGUUGCCAUCGAUGACGAGGGCAUGAUCGCCGAAGGUCCAGGCGGUCUCAGGGAAGUCUUGGAGAACUGGGAUCACAAGAGAGGAAAGAGACCGCAUUUGAUGUACACCGUGACUAUGGGCCAGAAUCCGACAUCGGGCGUGCUAUCGUUGCAACGAAGACGGAGCAUCUACGCCCUCUGCUGCAAGUACGACAUUAUCAUCAUCGAAGACGACCCCUACUGGUACCUGCAGUUUCCGACUUCAACAGCAGUGAACACGACGACCUCCUCGCACACCGACAACGCUUCAUUCAAUCCCGACCAACCAAUGUUUGCAAAUGCCGAACCUGUUCCACAAAACUGGAAGAAGAGCGGAUACCCCUUCUUGGACUCCCUUGUUCCAAGCUCCGUCUCGAUCGACACAGAAGGCCGCGUCAUUCGUCUUGACACUUUUUCGAAGACCGUUGCGCCGGGAUGCAGAUUGGGGUGGAUUACAGCCCAGUCAGCAUUGAUUGAGCGCAUUCUUCGCAUCACAGAAACAAGCACACAACAGCCCAGUGGUUUUGUCCAAGCUAUGCUUUCAGAGUUGAUCCUCGGUCCAGAUCACGAAGGCGUCCGCCAGAAAAGGCAGAAGCCUGGCAAACGUCCUCUUCACGACGGCGAGGGCUGGAAAUUCGAAGGCUGGGUCCGCUGGCUCGAAGGUCUGCGAGGAAACUAUGAGCGGCGCAUGAACAGCAUGUGUCGCAUUUUGGACUCCGGCAAGUACUUGGUGAAAUCUGGACGACGACCGUCUUUGUUGCGCGGAGGCCAUCCAGAGAACGAAGAUGCCGAUGAAUGGUCUGUGAUCGAGAAGACGCAACUUUACUCCUUUGACUGGCCGGUCGGAGGCAUGUUUCUGUGGAUGAAGGUCCACUUCGAGAGUCAUUCACUCUAUAGCACGUACAAGAAAGAAAACGGCGGCCUCACUAGAUUCUCGCGAGCGCUUUGGAUUUUCUGGACCACGAAGCCGUACCGCGUUCUGGCCGCUCCUGGCAGCAUGUUCAGUCCUACCGAAGAGAUAGCAGAGAACGAGGGCUGGAAAUUCUUCAGAUUGUGCUUCGCUGCCAUCAAUGAGGAUGAGCUGGGACCGGUCAGUCAAAGGUUAUCUGAUGGCGUACAAGCUUUUUGGGGGAUCAAAGACAGGAAGAAGAUCGAGGAAUUGCUCGACGAGGAACAAGCGGAUAUUGCGGCGAAAGAUGGCUUGUGCAAUCUCGGAGCGAGCGCCUAUGGCUGCUAAGGGUAUGUUGGUCUGCGAAGCAUAGAAAGACGUCCACCACGGACGAAAUUCAGCUGAUACGAGGCGCAAUGCAACGGUUCAUGAAGUCGUCUUGCAAGACCGGUACCAAGUGCUCGUAUCCUCAGUCUCGCGCUUUGACUAGGCAAGGACAUUGUUCGCGAGAAAAGCGGCUUACUGCAGCCUUCCUUUUGUAACUGGGCGCACGGAGUCUCCCGCAGAGCCCUUCUACUGGCGCUUACCGCACAGAUACCUGUUGUGUGAUCUGGUCAAUUGACGCCAAAGACCUUGCGGGAAAGGUGGACAACAAGCGGCUACGAGAACGACACGGAGUAGUUGAGGGGCGGAAGCACGCGGCGACAAACAACGGCAGGACCAAAGGGGACGAAAUUACUCCCCAAGCUGCUUCGUGAACUACUCUCCGUUCCACAU